ACACGACACGUGAGUAUAAAACUAUAAUUAAUAUUUGUUUGAUUUGUGAUGUAAAUUUAGCAUUCUUCUUCUGGAAACAGUCCCGGAAACAGCGCAGACCACCGUCUGGUGUAUUGUUGGACUAGUGAAGCGCAGUGUGCAAGUGUAUCUGAUAAAACUUGUUUACACUGCACUACAGUACCGGUACAGUGUGCAACAAUUCCCUGUUUUGAAGAAUGAUUUGAUUCUCCGAGCAGCAAGAGGUGAAAGAACAGAGAGAGUUCCUGUUUGGUUGAUGAGGCAAGCAGGCAGAUAUCUUCCAGAAUUUCGUGAGAUGAGGGCUGAACAUAACUUCUUCAAAGUCUGUCAGACCCCUUCGUUGGCAUGUGAAGUCACAUUACAACCAAUACGUCGCUUUGAGCUUGAUGCUGCUAUCAUCUUCAGUGAUAUUCUGGUGAUCCCUCAAGCUCUUGGUUUAACUGUUGAGAUGAUCCCUGGCAAGGGUCCUUCAUUCCCAGAGCCCUUGACCUCACCCAAUGAUCUCUCUCGUCUCAAUGCAGGAGUCAAUGUUAAUGAGGCUCUGAACUAUGUCUUUGAGGCAAUUACACUGACUCGUAAACAACUGGAAGGGAAGGUCCCUCUUAUAGGAUUUUCAGGAGCACCAUGGACACUUAUGGCUUACUGUAUAGAAGGUGGGGGGUCAAACACAUUCUCUAAGGCAAAGAAAUGGUUAUAUACCCAGCCAGAGGAUAGCCAUAAACUCUUACAGAUUCUUACUACCACCAUCGUGGACUAUCUUGUAGGCCAGGUCCUAGCUGGAGCUCAGCUUCUGCAGGUAUUUGACUCUCAUGCUGGUGCCCUGGGAUACGACAUGUUUUGUAAGUUUUGUCUUCCAUACCUUCAACAGAUUGCCAAGGAAGUUAAAGACAAACUCAGAGCCAAGUCAGUAGAUCCUGUCCCUAUGAUUGUAUUUGCCAAAGGAGCUAACUAUGCAAUCAAUGAACUAUCACAGUGUGAUUAUGAUGUCAUGAGUUUAGAUUGGGAUGUACAGCCACAAAUAGCAAGAUCUCAAGCUGGACCAAACUUUCCACUUCAGGGUAAUCUAGAUCCUUGUGCCCUCUACAGUUCAAAAGAAGAGAUAAGUUUGUAUGUGGCUCAGAUGUUGGAACGGUUUGGAACUCAGAGUUACAUAGCAAACCUUGGGCAUGGCAUCUAUCCAGACUUUGAUCCAGAACAUGUAAAGGCUUUUAUUGAUUCAGUUCAUCAACAUUCUGAAAAUAUGAACAAGACGGGCCAAGCGUGACCCAAUCAGGAAUUUAUAGCAACUCAGGAGAUUUAAAGUACGGUGUUGAAUACUAGUGUUGGUGUUAGCAUUUGAUUAAUACACCAGACACAACAUCAAACACUGAAAAUGAGGGUAGUGUUGGGAUAAGUGUCACUUGGUGUUUAAAUAUCAAUGACAUGAAUGGAAGUUUUAAAUCACGUUUGUUUUUGGAGGUGAGGUAAAUAACCUGAUUAAGGUUGUCAACAACAAAAUUGUUCAUGAAAGUAUGUAUCACUGAUGCCACAUGGGCUAUUGUAUUUGAGUAAAGAUUUUUUUUUUAUAACACUUUGAUUAUUUAAUGUAUUCAUCUCUUUAAUGGCUACAUGUUCCUGCUUAUUGUAAUGAUGAAUUGUACUGGUACAGGUGUAUGUAAAGGCCACAUUUUGAUUGGAGCAUAUCCCAGAAGAGCUUAGCUGUUACCAACCACUUUCCUAAAAGCAGUGUUUCCACACAGGUGCAUUUCCAAAUGAAAUUAAGAUGUUUGUUAUGUAAAUCAAUCCCAAUAAUUAUUGUAUGUACCAUAUGCUUUAUGUUAAAGUCAAUUUCUUGUUGAAAAUGGUUUGGAUUGAUUCAUUGAUGAUGAGUAAGAGGGAGAUAGAAGGUAAAGGAUGGGGGUAAUGUGGAGGUGUGGUGUAGUAGUUCAGUUAUACCUCUGUCACAUUUGCUCUAUGGCGACCAUACGGCGAGUCGAAAACAGCAGUUUUAUGAAUCUUACUUCAAACCACCCAUAUGUAGCUGGUACGAAUAAAUGUUAAAAUGGGUAUUUUCGCCUCGCCAUAUGGCCGCCGUAGAGCAAAUGUGACCGAGGUAUUACUUGACUCUUAAACCAAGAGUUGAGUGUUCGAGUCCCAACCGGCACUCAUAUCCUUUGGCAAGGCAAGGUUUGUCACUCUCCACCCAGGUGUUAAAUGGGUACCCGGUAGGAUGUGAACGUCAAUGUAAUUAGAUUGGCAUGUGUGCACCGAUAAACGGUUGUCAGGCCAGGAUACUCCCCAGGGAGUGGAGAUGAUGCACUUUAUGUGAGGAACGGUGAUGGAUCCUAUGACAGGGGCCAUAAUUAUUACAAUGUAAAGUGCUUAGAAACACAAAGUACGAAGCACUAUAUAAAUGUAACUAUUAUUAUUGUUAUCAUCAUAGUGAAUAUUUUAACAUACUUGAAUGAAUGGAUGAACAGAUUUAUACAAAUUCCUUGUUAUAAAAUGCAAAUUAUGAACAAUUUUUUCAUAGUAUUGUUGAUUAUGCUGAUGUUGGUAAAAAUUAUGUUAAUUGAUGUCAUGGACAGGCAACUACAUGUAUUAUUUUUUUAUCCUGCUCUUGCCAUUCUGUACAUGUUUUUAAAAUCAUGAAUGCCUACAGGUAAGGCCCCUAUUCCACAGAAGGGAGACCUUUGAAAGACCAACAUUUGGCAAGGUCUUACAUCAGUCUCUAAAGAUCACUGAAAUUUGUCAUCUCUGUGGAAUGGCUCAGAAAGACUCCUCAAAGGACUCUGAAAGACUGAUUGAUACUUCUUGUCUUGCUGGAUUUAGACUGAUCCUAUAGAGAUAUUUCAAUCUCUACAAAAAUCUUGAGAGACUAAAUGACUAAUAAGAACUUUGAAAGACCUGUGAAAAACUUCUUAGGCCCCCAUUCCACAGAACGAUAAGACCACCAGAAGACCACUUUCCUGAAAGACCAUUGAAAGAUUGUUUUGAACCGCUUCAAAACGUUUUGGGACUCAUGAGGACCAUUGAAAGAUCAAUCAGGAAUUAUGAAAGACCUCAGAGAUCUUUGAAAGUUGAUUGAAAGACCUUUGAAAGAUCAAGGAAGUUUCAUUGUCUUACAGCUGUAGGUCUUGCUCUCUGUGGAAUGCGGGUCAUAUGUACAGUAUGUCUUCCAUUAUAUUUAUCUCAUUGUCCAUAAGAUAAGAUUGAAUUAUUGUUGGACAAUUGCUAUUAUUAUGUUAGGGUAGCUUGUUAUAAGUUGGUGAUAUUUUUCUCUCAUAGAAACCACAUAACAGCCUUUAUUCAGUGAUCCAGCUGAUUUGUUAGAUCUGGGCACUCUCUUGAGAUCAAAGAUUUGUUCUUGAUCCAAUCAACCACAAGUAUGGAAAGUCAGCAUCAUCAACAUUUAAAAUGCUAAAAUGCAUUUUUUUUCCAAAAUAUUUUAUUGAUAUGAAUACAUUGGGGUGUUUUUUCUUUGAAAAUUCAGUGUGCUUCUCUUUUUUUUACAAAGGUCAUUGUGCAAAUUUCCUGUAGGAAGAAUGAUGACAUUGAUGGAUUUCCAUGUAGUCAGAUUGAUUGGAUCAAUCUUAACUCUUUGUAAGAGGGGUCCCAUUUCUACAAAUAGGUCUCUGUAUUGUUUCAGUGUUUGCUUUCUAUGUGACAAUCAUUUCAACUUUAUUAUUUCAAGGGUUUAUAUUACAAAUACUUUGAGAUGUUUUAGGAAGAGUGAAGUACGAAUAGUGAUGGAUGGAUGAAUAAAGAAAUGGAUAGUAAUCAUAACAGAAAAGUAAUUUCAAAUCAUAUUCAGGGCUGAAAUUAUAUAUUUUUUUUAUUUGGUCAUUUCUGUUUUGUAAGAAGAAGUCUUGGUUAUUCUUCGAUUUAUUUUCAGGCUCUCCCUCCUUAUUAAAAUAUGCCAGAGUUUUUAGCAUCCACAACAACGGCUACAUUAGGGGCCCGUUUCAUAAAGGACUUGCAACUGUUGCAACUCUGCCAUAAUGGCAACUACCAUGGUAACAGGGCUCAGCAGCCAAUCAGAAUCAAAGUUUCCAUGGUAGUUGCCAUGGUAGUUGCCAUAAUGGAAAAGUUACAACAGUUGCAAGUCCUUUAUGAAACGGGCCCCAGCAGAUCUGCGGUUCGCGUGCAAAAUUCUUGUUAAUACUACAUGUACAUGUAUGGUAACAGCGACAUGUCUAGAUCAACGCAUGCGACACCACGCAUGCCAUAACCAUUUUGUAAGUUGUGACAUGAGAAAAUCCCGUGCUUUCACGUACGACUGCUCAUCACAGCAUGCCCGCCACUCCACUGGGCUAGACAUGUCAUGAGAAGCGCUAGCUAGGCCUACAUGGUGUAUCAUGGCGUGUAUGAGAAAGUGGUUCUUCAAACAAAUCGAGUAUAUAUUGUCGAGGGAUAAAAAUCUUACUGAAUUAAGGCUUAGGUAUAUAUCAUUACACUCCAUGGAAUCGAUCUAACAUGGAUUAUUGGUGGAUCGCUGGCAAUUAAAUCUGUGCGUCAUAUUCACCUCUCCAGCUAAACCAUUUCGCAUGCGUUGAUAUCUGCAUAGCAAAGUCCGUCGGAAAUCUAUCCAGAUUUUUUUUCUUUUUCUGGCUGCUACCCAAACGGCAAGCCAUCUCGCACACUAUGUGAAGGACAUAUGCCCCGUGGGCAUUAUGUUUUACUUUCCCCCGAAAUGGGGGAUUAUAUUUCAAAUUAUUCUAACAUUGUUAGGAAAUUAUACCGAGGUGGUGAUGAUUAUUAGAUUCUUUUUUUUUUCAAAACCUGAAUCCAUUAUAGACCUUCAUUUUGAUAAAAAUCUUGUUUUAAUGGGAAAAUCAAGAACUUAUUUUAGGCAUAGGUACAUUGUACCCUGUACAGAGUGUGCAAUAAUAUAAGAAUCUAUCUAGAGGCGCUGAUUGACUGUUGCUUUCAUAUUACAGAGGCUCUCUUGAGCUCUACGGCGAAUAAUCAUGUGGCUCUAAAAAUCUUCCUAAAUCGAGAUGUCACUGUUACCAUAGUAGCAACUCGAAUUUUGCACACCAACCGCAGAUCUAAUGUCCCCGUUGCAAAAGUCAAAAUUUUCACGUCAUACAAAUGUCAUACUUAAAGUCUCUUCCAAAAUUAACUAGCGUCAUAGAAAUCUGUUUCUGUUGUUGAGCGAAAAGUGCCUAUUCAAUAUUUUAGUAGUAGCUUAUGCAGGUAAACUAGUAAAACUCUACCAUCUGCAAGUCGUACCUUGUCUUAGUUAAAUUUUCUUAAGUUGAAACAGAUUUAUUUGGUCUUGGGUAAAGUUAACUGUACUUGGGACUGUUUGCUUGAAUACAGUAUAGGUCAUUAUUACAAGGAGGAAUAUUGAGCUGGGUUAAUGUAGCACUAUGUGUUUUAUUAGAGGGCUAUGAAUGUAUAUUUUGUACUCAAAUGACAAAAAUGUUGCAAUAAAUAAUACACUACAUUAGCUAUUCAUAUGAAA